GAGACCUGGGAUUUCUCAGGGGAUAGCUCAGGAUAACACUGAUUCUGCAUUAUUCAGCAUGGAAAUUGUACACAGAUAAUUUUGCUCUAAACGCAGUGAAUGUCACGGUCGCCAAUGACCAGCUAUGGAUAAGUCAUGCCUUUCUGGGCUCUCUCUGUCCUGGUACCCUGCGAGCGGAAAAGAGCUUAUAUGCACAGCAAAUCCUCACGCCUCCAAACAAGACAAUAACAGCGGUGCUGCUUCAUUUCCUUUUCUCGAUUUAGCGUGCAUCACGGGUGGUGGACUUUUGUUUCUUGCCGCCAUGUGGGAGGAUUGAGCACGUCUUCCGCCCAUGCGCUGUCAUCCACACUACUACGAUGUCUGGCAAAAACCCGUUGCCAUUUUUCUCUGGGCGUUCGAAAGCAAAGUCCCCUGCUCCCGAGCUCUUUCUCCUUGAUCCGCAACCAUCACACACUUCCAGGUCCUUACUUCAAGCGCCCAGGAUCGAUAUCACUAGUCUCCAGGUGACUCGGGACGGAGAAGUUGGGUCUCAUGCAGUUUCUCCGUCGUCUAUGUCUACGCCGCCGUCCUCCUCUCUCCUCCCCCGAUGGGUCCUAAGGUGGCGAAGUCCCAGUCCCAAUCGAGACAAAUCAACUACACAACGCGCCAAACUGUCCACGUCACCGCAGUCAUCUCCUGAUAACUCACGGCUAUCACACUCUCACAUCCCCUCUGAAGUGACUGCUAAUGAUACCCCUUCAAGGUUCGACCCACAAGCCAUCUACGAAACGAGUGCUGUAUCCGCCGAGCAGCCUCGAGGCGAUGGCCCUUCAUUGGGCGUGGGGUCUUCAUCAUCGGCAGCGGCGGCGACCGGCUCACAUGGUGACCAAAAGAAGACCAUUAUAGAUGCCAUUAAACUUCUUCUUCAAACUUCUGCCACCGCUCUUAAACUCGCACCUAUACCCAAUCUUUAUCAGAUUCCGAACACGCUCCUGGCGUGGAUAAACACCUACGAGGUAGGGCACGGACCCUGAGUUCCUUUGGUGAUCGCAUCAAUGCCUCUGAUCUUGUUACCUCGACCCAGAGUAUCAUCGGCAACGCUGAAGACAUGAAGAUGUUGUAUGUUGUGAUCCAAAAAGUGCACGACUCGGUGUUUCAGCCCCUCCGAGAAUGGACUGGCGAGAUUCCCCCCGAACUAGGAAAUCUAACAUGGGGUUUCCAUGCAUCCCUGAAAAAA